UCGAGAAAGAAUCAUCCUUGACAAUAGAACAGGAGAACUUGACAGGGAUGGAUCUUCUGAGUGUGACCUUUCGAACUAUGGAUCUGAAAGAUUCGGAAACGAAACGUGAUGGUUUUGUAUGCGUCAAUAAAGAACAAACUUCUGAAAUAUCUUUCAAUGUUACAUCAAAGGAAAAAUCUUCGAGAAAAUCUAAAAGAAACGAAGAUAGUACCAAACUUAGUGAACUUCGGUGUAUUAGUUUGGAUGAAGUUGCUUGGCACGAUACACCUGAUAGUAUUUGGAUUAUAAUUUACGAUUACGUUUACGAUUGUACUGAAUUAUUGAAGAAUCAUCCUGGUGGACAAGAUGUUCUUCUAGAAUAUGCUGGAAGAGACGCUACUCUAAGCUUUUUUGGCGCUGGACAUUCGAAAACCGCGCAAGAAACACUUAAGAAUUAUCUUAUUGGUGAGCUUCCAAUAAAAGAGAGAAUCUUUCGUAUACCAAAUGGCAUCAAAGUUGCUGGAUUUUAAAUGGCUAUUCAUUUUUCUACGUUAUGAUAAUUAAUCUGACGAGUUUAUGUAAAGAAUUCAUUCGGGGAAUGCACAUGCUUUUAUUCGAUUAAUAAACUACUCAGUUUCCGAGUUUUGUUUAGACGUUUAAAAACUUAGAAUUUACAGAACGGUAAUCCUUUAUGGCAACGAAGCAUGAUUAUUUACGUUUAAAGACUAGACAACAAAUUAAAAGUAUUUGUGAGAUCGAGCGUCUACAUGUCAAAUACAUAAAUUGGUAUUCAUGAAAGGUUGACCUUGAGCUCUGGAUAGCCUAAUGGUAAAAUUGUUUCACGAAUCCUACAUAUUUGAAAAUAAUGUACUUCGGAAAAUCAUCGAUGCAAAAUGCGAUAAGGAAACGGGGGAAUAGAGAAAACUAUUAUAUAAAAUAGAAUUACAUCAAUUAUACAAUAGUCCGGAUAUUACGUCAUAAAAUCACGUUGAUUGAGUAAGAUAGGCAGGUCAUGUGGUAACGCGUAUAGAGGAGGAUCGAAUCGCAUAUAAAGUACACUAAUUGGUAAACCCAAUGGGAAAAGACCAUUGGGUAGUAGAAUCCAAGACGUAUAUUAAAAGAUAAAUAAUUGAAAUAGAUUUUAACAAAAUAGGGUACGAGGGUUGCGAAUGGAAGGAAAUUGCAUAGGAACCGGAUACAUUGACGGGAUCUCUAGUAUUUGCAGAAAUAAGCUUUCAAGUUCCUAACACCAUCUAAUGAUAAUAAUAAUAAUAACAACAAUUAAUUCUUUUUAAGCCGAACACAGGUGUUUUA